CCCGAACCCUCCCUGCAACCGACAUCAGCAACCUCCAUCGCCAUCGCCCCACGCUUCUACACCCACCUACGCACGUCUUCGCAUCCCAAAACCUACAAACACAAUGCUCGCCGCCUCGUGGAAAGCCGCUGGUUUCAGCUACAAUAGGUACCUGGCCAUCGCCGCCCGCGUCAUCCGCAAGUCGCUCAAGGAGGAGGCCCGCGUCAAGGCCGACCGUCGCGGCCCUAUCGAGCUCAAGUUCGUUAAGUGGGAGAACGGAAAACAGACCGAGCCGCAGAUGUUGUCUUCCAAAUAAGCUGCUGCUGCUGCUUGCUGGUGGUGGGCGGUCUUUCUUUCUUUGAAAGUACGUCUAAGGAUGGUGGAAUCAUGGUGACGGCAAGGAGGGGGGGAAGAAGGAUAGACUCGGACAGCAAAAACACAAUUGUACAUUGCCAUUGCGAUU